AUGCCCCUGUCUUUGAGGGGUGCCCCCCCUCCCCCCUUUUGCCCUCUGUUGCCUCUGCUGCUGCCGUCGACUUCGUUGGCACCGAGUCGGUCGCCGCUGCGUCUGCCCCUAGCGGGCGACGCCGCACCGGCAAGGGCAAGGGGGGCAAGGGCGCUGGAGGGGCUGGCGGGGGCGGUGGAGGUGGCGGUGGAGGCGGCGGAGGGAGUGGGGAUGGCGGUGGGAGUGGUGGCGGGGGUGGGGGCUUCGGUGGCGGCGGUGGAGGCGGAGGCGGCGGCGGCGGUGGCGGUGGGAGCGGAGGAGGAGGCGGUGGCGGCGGUGGCGGAGGUGGCGGCGGCGGAGGUGGAGCUGGUCGGGGUGGCCCUGCGCAGCGGAGCGGCUUCGGUGGUGCGAGGUGGGGGUGCUGGUCAUUGUGCCUACGUCCUGCGUAACGGCAACCGCACUGGUGAGCCGUGCGGUGGCCCGCACACCACCCAGCGUUGCUUCGGCCGCCUGACGGACGCUUGGCGUCUCCAGUUCCUUGACUCCACUGAGAUCCCCCGCUUGGGCGAGCUGCUUAUGUCGGGGGUUGCUAUCUUUGAUAUGGAUUAUGAUGCCAUUCUUGCUGCCAUGUAUGUUGUGUCUACUAGUGAUGAGGGUGACUGUUACCUGUGUGUUCCGCCUGACCCGGGCAUUGAGGCUGCUGCUCUAGGUGCUGGUGAGGCUGCUGCUCUAGGUGCUAGUGCGUCUGCUGCCCCCAGUCGACCAGUUGCGGUCUCCCAGGCGGACCCCUCUGGGGGUCCUGUCCUUGCCCACUUCUCCACUGUCUUACCGUGUCCGCCAGCCCCCUCUGGCACCCUAUCAGGUCUCUACCUCCCCUCGUUCUCUACGAACUUGGUGAGUGGUGCUGAUCUACAGGAUGGAGGGGUUGACCAGUUCACUCCUGCGAGUCUGCGGGUGACCCACUGUACGUGGGCUCGGACGGGCCGACACUUGGCCACGUUUACCCGUCAGCCGGGCUCGAGCCGGUAUGCACUGACUACUGAGUCUCCUCUGGUUGCUGAGUCUGGUCAGGUAGCUGCGUCGGGUCAGGUGUUCGCUGCAGCGUCCAGGUCUAGUCCUGAGUCUGCUCCCUGCUCGUGUCGUCUCCUGUCCCACCUGACUCUCCUCUGGCCUCACCGCCUUGGUCACCCCUCCCUACCUCGUCUCCGAGGCAUGGCCUCCCGUUACCUUGUCUCUGGUCUCCCCCGGUCCCUCCCUCCCCUCCCUCCGGGGCCUGCCCCUACCUGCGUUCCCUGCGUCGAGGGGCGGCAGCGCGCCGCUCCUCACUUCUCCAAGUUUCCUCUGACACAGGCUCCGCUGCAGACUCUUCACAUGGAGGUGUGGUGCCUCGCCCGCGUCCGUGGCCAGGGUCACGAGCGUUACUUCCUGUUGGUGGUUGACGACUAUUCGCGUUACACCACGGUGUUGCCCUUGCGCAGCAAGGGUGACGUCACUGAGGUGUUGAUUGACUGGAUCCGUGCAGCUCGUCUCCAGCUCCGAGAGAGUUUCGGCUCAGACUUUCCUGUUCUACGUCUGCACUCUGACAGAGGUAGAGAGUUUUCCUCUGGCUUUCUGGGAGCCUUCUGUCGUGCACAAGGCAUCCGCCAGACGUUCACCCUUCCGGCCUCUCCACAACAAAAUGGGAUUGCUGAGCGCCGCAUUGGCAUGGUCAUGGACGUCGCUCGUACGUCCAUGAUCCAUGCGGCUGCUUCCCAUUUCCUUUGGCCGUUUGCGGUUCGAGUCCUCUCUUCCUGUUCUUGCUGA